AUGUCAUUGAUCAAAUCCACAAAGCUUACCGAGGAACAGGAGAAGAAGCUCGAGCAGCUUAUCGAGUCAAUCCCUGAUAUCGUCGCCAAAACUGAGGAUCCUACUUACGAUGAGAUAUACGGCUAUCGCAUUGCCUCCGACGAAGCCGAAUACGUCGAUGUCGAGAACAGAAAUGAGAUUUUGCACAAGUUUCUUGUUGCCAGAGAGUAUGAUGUUGCUAAGGCACAAGAAAUGUUGGUGAACACUCUCAAUUGGAGAAGAAAGUUCCAAGUUCUCAGUGCCGCUUACGGAGAAAAAUACGACGAAACGUUAGAGAAAAUGGGGGUAAUCACUGACUACGAAGGCAACAAAGAUAACUUUUCUGUCGUGACUUGGAAUUUGUACGCCAACUUGAAGAACCCUAAGAAGUUGUUCGCUAAGUUUGGUGUUGGCGUGGAUAAUCCCGAUAAGACCGAACGCCCUGGAACAAUGUUUUUGAGAUGGAGAGUUGGCCUCAUGGAGAGGGCAUUGGCGCUUUUGACGUUUGGUGACUCGGAUAAAAGCAAGAUUGCACAGGUCCAUGACUACAAUAAUGUGUCAAUGUUCAGAAUGGACCCAGGUAUGAAGGCCGCCACCAAGGAAAUUAUUACAAUCUUCAGCGACAAUUACCCUGAGCUCCUCUCCAAGAAGUAUUUCAUCAAUGUUCCAAUUCUCAUGGGUUGGGUGUUUGCAUUUUUCAAGGCAACUGGUUUCAUGAGUGCUGCAACUUUGAAGAAGUUUGAGAUGCUAAACCACGGUGACUUGUCUGAGGCUUUUGGAAAGGAUAACUUGCCACUGACUUAUAAUGGCGGCAAGGAGAACGAGAAUGUGCCUGAUCUUUUUGCCCUGCAAGUGGAUGAAUCGUCUAUCAAGAUACCUGAAUACGGAGCCAUUAUCUUGGAAAGAUUGCAAAAGGCCGAGGAAGAAGAAGAGAAUUUGUCGCAAAGUAAGGCAGAUGAGGAAACUGGAGACGUAAAGGCCGAGAAGGCUACCGUGGACGCAGAUCAGGCCGAAGGUGUGGUUGAGAAUGAGGCCAAAGAGGCUACUAAGCAGGAGGUUACUUCCGCAUAA